AAAGUGCAGAUAUAUAGACAUUACCGAUCUACUGUACUAUGUACUAACACUAUAACAAUACUUAUGCCUAAGUCUAACAGCAGAAUUAAUGAGUAAUCCGAUAGUUGUAUAUAAGUGACACACACACACACACACACUACACACAUAUAUAUAUAUAUAUAUAUAUAUAUAUAUACAUAAAUAUAUAUAUAUAUAUAUAUAUAUGCCGAAUUCUAUCAGGAUACACAAUAAUUAAAACGUAAUUCAAGCAAUCGAAGUCAGAUGGAAACAAAACCCCAUGGACGAGAGGGGACAAAAAAUGAGUAAAAAUAGUAAACAAAUAAACAAAAAAUUACAAGAAAAAUAAAAAAAACAUGUUACAAACAAGUGAAAUCUAACAAAUAAAAAAAAAAGGAAACGAAAGAAAAGAAAGUUGCGCCCGUUUCUUGGCCUUGUUUUGUCAAUAGUUGGCUCUUCGCCUGGUACCGCCCCAUAUAUCCACUGGGCCAGCUUGGCUUCCUUGGCUUCUUGGCUGCUUGGUUCCUUGGUUCCUUUGGCUCCACUGCUCCCUACCUAGUCCAACUGACAAUGCCAGCGGAUUGUCAACGCCUUGGAAACACUGGUGGAAAGUGCCACGUUUGUUGAUUCCUUCAGCGCCUUUUUCCCUUUUGUUGUGGCCCAAGGGCCGAGGGACACGGUUUAACGCUCCUGCGUGGAGUUAAUCGGGCAAUCAAAACAACAACAACAACAACGCAACAACAACAACAACAACAGUAGCAGCUAAAGCGCCCAGGAGUCAGCAAAACAUGGGAAAGGCGGGCGCUGGCAAGGGUCGUUCGCCAACACCGACACCCAAUCGGGAUGGCGGGGCAACAACUGGUGGUGGUGGUGGUGGUGGUGGUGGUGGAAGUGGUGGUGUUGGUGCAGCGGCACCCACAGCAACUGGAGGCACCACUGGCGUCGGCAGAUCCACACUACAUGCGAACAAAACGAUACUGAAAACGGUAUCCGUGUUCCUUGCCAGCGGCAAGCGCAACUCGAGCAACCAACAGUCGAAAGCCGCCGCGGCUGCUUUGCAGAACAAACGGCAACAGCGGCAACGGAGGAUGGAUGAGCUGAGCGGCAAGGUGAAUCCCAAGCUGUUGGACAGCCUGCGCAAGAAGACGCGCUUUACCAAGGACGAGCUGGAUGCCUUGUGCCGCAUCUAUCGCAAGCUGGUGUCCAAUUGCCAGUAUGCGGCCAAGACGCUGGCCUCCAGCUCCUCGAGUGCAGCUAUUGCCAAGCCACAUGCCGCCGUCGAGGGCAUCGAUCGCAUUGUGUUCCGCGAGCUGUUGCACAGCACAUUCGACAUCGUCACCGAGGAGAUCCUGAUGGAGCGCAUCUUCUGCAGCUGGGACAAGGCCCACGAGGGUUUGCCCCUUCGUCUCGAGGGCUGGCUCAUCGGGCUCUCCACAUUCCUGCGCGGCACGCCGGCGGAACGGGCGGCUUUCUGCUUUCGGGUUUAUGAUCUCAACACGGAUGGAUUCAUCACCAAGGAUGAGAUGUUCACGCUGCUGAGAAACUGUCUGAUAAAGCAGCCGCAGGACGAAGAUCCCGACGAGGGUGUCAAGGAUCUGGUGGAGAUUGUGCUCAAGAAGUUCGACCUGGACAAGGAUGGCAAGGUAUCCCUGGAAGACUUCAUGGGCACGGUCACAGCGGAACCACUGCUCAUCGAGGCCUUUGGCCAGUGUCUUCCCACGGACAGCGCCGUGGUUUCCUUCUUCUCAACGCUGCAGGUGUGAUCAGCAGCUUAGUAACUUUGAA